AUUCUUAUAAUCAGCAAAAAAUCUCACUGAAAAUACAUCGUCAAAAUAGUGGAUACUUAUAAAAUCCGUUCAAAUAUCUAAGCUAUACAAUACAACAGAAAAUGGAGAAAGCAAAAGUUCUUGUUUUAACAAUGGUGAUAGCCUUUUUACCCUCACAAACCCAAGCUUCAAUGCCAUACACACGCCCAUUCUGGGACUUAAUGUUCCCACAAGAAGACCCUUUCAAAAUACUUGAACAAACCCCACUUGCAAUUCCUAAGGGAAUUGAUCAAACAAUCGCUUUAGCUCGUUCAGAUUGGAAAGAAACAGCAAAAGAACAUAUAAUUUCUCUUGACAUUCCAGGGAUGAAAAAGGAGGAUAUUAAAAUAGAGGUUGAAGAAAACAGAGUGUUGAGAAUUAGUGGGGAAAGGAAAACAGAGGAGGAAGUUGAAGGUGAAAAAUGGCACAGAGCUGAGAGAACUUCUGGAAAGUUCUGGAGACAAUUUAGGCUUCCUAAAAAUGCUGAUUUGGAACAAAUCAAAGCUCAUUUGGAGAAUGGAGUGUUGAAUAUUACUGUCCCAAAAUUGGCUGAGGAGGAGAAGAAGCAGCCUAAGGUGAUUAGUAUUUCUGAACAAAGGAAUGCUGCUGCUGGUGGUGAAGAUAUUAAAGCUACUAAAGCUGCAAUGUAAAGAAGUGCACAUGUGAUAUUUUGUCUGUGAUCUUUUUAUUUUAAAUCACCUGUGUUGUUGUGAGUUAAUUAAGUUUAAUUUGUGUUACUUAAUGUUAUGUUGCAAGAAACUUAUGUAAUGUAACCAUUUUCUGUAUGUAAUUUAGUGUCAUGCGAAAAACAUGAUUAGUGUAAUGGAUUAUGUAAAUUAAUGUUCAGUUUCAUUUUGAAAAUCACAUGUGAA